CAUCGCUACAGUAGAUAGACCCUGUCCGGUAGCUCUCUUUGUGAGUGCCGUCUAUCCAUAGGGCUAUCCUGUAGUGCGCCACAGUGGUGGCUGUGCAGAGUGCAGAGCAGAGAUGAGCGCCGCCACUGCUACCAGAGCUCGGGCUCCCGUAGUACGGCUGCAGCUCGCCGUGGCGGCCGUCGCCGUGGCAUGGGCGUGCUGCGGCUUCCGCUCGUCGGAGGCGCAGCUGCAGGUGGGCUACUACAACGCCACCUGCCCGGGCGCCGAGAGCCUCAUCGAGACUAUCGUCCACGCCGCCGUCCGCAAGGACGCCGGCAACGGGCCCGGUCUCAUCCGCCUCUUUUUCCACGACUGCUUCGUCAGGGGCUGCGACGCGUCGGUGCUGCUGGACGACCCGACGGGCACCCCGGGCAACGCGACGGUGGAGAAGACCUCGCCGCCCAACUUCCCCAGCCUCCGGGGCUUCGCCGUCAUCGACCGCGCCAAGCGUGUGGUGGAGCGCCGCUGCCCCGGGACCGUCUCGUGCGCCGACAUCCUCGCCUUCGCGGCUCGCGACGCCGCGCGCAUCAUGGGCGGGAUCAGGUUCGCCAUGCCGUCGGGCCGCCUCGACGGCCGCGUCUCCAACGCCUCCGAGGCCAUCGCCAACCUUCCCCCCGCCUCCUUCAACCUCACCCAGCUCGUCGCGCGCUUCGCGUCCAAGAACCUCACCGCCACCGACAUGGUCACGCUCUCCGGCGCGCACUCCAUCGGCCGCUCCCACUGCUCCUCGUUCUCGGGCCGCCUGUACCCGCAGCUCGACGCGGCCAUGAACGCGACGAUGGGCGCGGCGCUCAGGGGCCGUUGCCCGGCCGCCACGGGGCGGCGCGACCGCGUGGUGGACCUGGACUUCAGGACGCCGCUGCAGCUGGACAACCAGUACUACCGCAACGUGCAGACCCACGAGGCGGUGUUCACGUCGGACCAGUCGCUCGUCGACCGCAGCGACACCGCGGCGCUCGUCGCGCUCUACGCCGCCAACCGGAAGCUCUGGUCGCAGCAGUUCGCCGCCGCCAUGGUCAAGAUGGGCAGCAUCGAGGUGCUCACCGGACCGCCCGGGGAGAUCCGGCUCAAGUGCAACAAGGUCAACUAAUGAGCACUAGGGAAUCGAUCACCGUCGAGAACUUUCAGACACAACUCAAAUCAGAUGCUUCUGCAUUAUUCAUGUGUACUUAGUUGUACAUGACAUACAUGGUCACUCCUUCCAUUCUGCCUUGUACUUAGACAGUUACCACUCGCGCGCACGAUUGUAAGCUGUAAGCCUGUAACAUAAGAGGAAGAGACGGUAGAACUAAUCGAUUUCAUCGGCACACAACAAGGAUGGUCAUCUGCUGCUACAAUGGUGAAUAAUAUAUUUGCAUUGCAUUGAUUUUUUUU